AUGUUAAGAAAUAAAACUACAACUGAUAAUAAUAAUAAUAAUAAUAAUAAUACUAUCACUACUACUACUACUAUCACUACUACUACUACUACUACUACUACUACUACUAAUAAUAAUAAUAAUAAUAAUAAUAAUAAUAAUAAUAAUAAUAAUAAUACUAUCACUACUACUACUACUACUACUAAUAAUAAUAAUAAUAAUAAUAAUAAUAAUAAUAAUAAUAAUAAUAAUAUUGCCCGCACAUAUAUAUUCAAUCUAUUAACAUCUGUUAUAUUGAUGUUAUUAGUAGUGAAUUCAAUUAAAUACUAA